AUGCUGGCCCUGCCUCUGCUCAUCACCUUUCUGCACAGUCCCGUCUGUCUGUCGGUGACAGUCGGCAGCAGUAAACCCAAAGUGGAGGUCCACGAACACACCGACGCCGUGCUGUCCUGCGAGUUCAGGACGGAGAAAGAUCAGAACCCUCGCAUCGAGUGGAAGAAGAAAGGAAAGGCGGUGACUUUUGUGUACUUUAAUAACAAAUUUGCUGGGUCUUAUGCAGGACGGGCGAAGAUAGAGGGAGCGACGCUGACGAUACACUCCGUCACUCAGAAAGACUCGGGAGAGUAUCGCUGUGAAGUGACCGCCAGCGAGGACCACGUCAACCUGGGAGAGGCCACUGUAAACCUCAAUGUGCUCGUGCCUCCUCAUGUCCCGUCCUGCGACGUGCCGAGCUCGGUGUUUGUCGGUUCAGGCCUGGAGCUGCUCUGUAAGGACAAGCUGAGCGUACCUCCCGCCACCUACCGCUGGUACAAAGACAACAGGGCUCUGACUGGCGCAGGAGAAACUCCCUACAGCAUCGACACAAACAAGGGCACGCUGAAGUUUAAAAGCGUGUCCAAGCUGGAUGCAGGGAUGUACCGCUGUGAGUCCUCUAACAGUGUGGGGGCGCCCAAGAGCUGUGUGGCGCAACAGCUGAAAGUUGUUGAAUAUCCUUUGAAUAUGACGAUCCUAAUAGCAGGUGCUGCAGGUUUUGUGGCGCUCCUCCUGUUCUGCUGCAUCUGUCUGUGCGUCUGCCGCCACCGAGGCUGCUGCAAGAAGAGCAAGAAAACAAAAAGCAAGUCCUACAACCCUCCUCCGCCUCCUCCUCCUCCUCCCACUCGCAACCUCAAACACUACAAACAAACUCAGUCCUUCAUGAUCUGA